CGGUGGGACGCGGACCCGACAAAGGUAGUGUCAUGGGAAACGAUGGUGGAGUGAUUGCGGUGGCCCGCAAGUACAUGCGCCAUGGCCAUCAGAAACAGCGCGACGAGAAAGGAGAUCAGGAUGCUCUGCGUGAGAAACGUACGACGAUGUGUGCGUUGACGGACGAACCGCUGCAGGAACCGAUCGUCGCAUGUAAGUUGGGCAAUCUCUUCAACAAGGACCGCCUCAUCGAGAAGCUGCUGGAUCGUUCGCUGCCAGAAAAGUUUGACUACAUUCGAUCGAUGAAGGACGUGGUGACGUGCAAGUUCUACCCCGCCCCGGAAGCGAAAUCCGCGACGGAGAAUAGCAACAUGAAGCGCGCGACGAACCGGUUCCGUUUCCAUUGCCCCAUCACGCUGCAGCUGUUCAACGGCGCCCAUCGCUUCGUCUUACUCAAGAAGUGCGGAUGCGUGUUGUCUGAAAAGGCGCUGAAGGAAGUGAAGCCCAAGGACUGCCUCAUGUGCGGGUUUCCCAUCAAAUCGUCCAAGGAGCUGUGGCCGCUGCUCUUGUCCGACGAAGACGCCGCCGUCGUCCUGGCGUCCAUCCGCAAGUCCGAGAAGCCUCUGAAGCGGAAGCGCGACUUGGACACGGCACCGCUCGCAUUAGACGAGAGUGCUGCAAAGAAAGCCAAGAGCAAGGUCCAGACUGUCAACCAAGCCGAAGAAGCCGUGAGCCAGGAGAAGGGGCGGAACCCUGUCUACGCGUCGCUGUUCUCGACCGAACAAGACACGAAGAAGUCCGCCAACGAACUGCUCAUGACCAUUGCCGGGUUGCGCUAUACACUGUCGUAACAAAUACUAGGUUCUUGUAUCGAGUUGGUUGCCACCACACGUUUACAAGGACAUGAUCUUCCUCUUUCGCUAUUACUAGUUACACAAGUGUAACUAUAGUAGUAAUAUGUGGUCGAAGAGUGGAUUUGAUUGGCUACGUAAUUAGUGUUCUGGGUUUUGAUUGGUC